AUGCGGCCUGUCAGAACUAUCCUCAUCGGCGCGCUUCUCCUGGUGUGCCUCCACGUGGCAUAUGCCGGAUUUCCCGGGUUUGGCGGCAAGAAGAAGAAGGCAUGUGACCUCUCCGUCGGGAGCUGGGCCCCGUCGACCAAGUACCCGGUAUACGAUUCCUCGUGUCCGUACAUUAGCCAGGAGCUUAACUGCGAAAAAAACGGGCGACCGGACGGCGACUUUCGCCACUUCGAGUGGAAGCCAUCGGGUUGCAAGCUGGUUCGGUUUGACGCGAAAAAAUUCGCGAUGACUUUCGUUGGCCAGGCCGUGGCGAUCGUGGGCGACAAUUCUGGGCUGUACAUGUACCAGUCGCUCAGAUGUCGCCUAGAAGCUGCGAACUUUAAGACCGAGAGUUUCAAUCCGUCUACGAUUGGCUGGACCGGCGAUGGUUUCAAGGUCAAGCCUUGGGGGGUGAAGGUCGUGUUCGUGCACGCACCGUUCCUCACCGAAGCGGAUCCAAUGGACCCGUUGAAGCGAUCUGUGAAGGAUGGAUGGAUGGUGCACGUGGACAAAAUCAACCACAAGCUAACAGAAACACUCAAAGGGCUGCGAUCAGUCAUCCUCGUGGCCGGCUCUUACUACGCGGAAUCCUCCAACCGCACGUAUUACAGCAAGGGCCGGGCGAUUGCCUCGCAGCCCAGCGGCAUCGCGGCACUCAACAUAGUGCUGCGGAACAUCGCAGAUUACAUCAAGUCCAACGUCAUGCUGGUUCAGCCCUACGCGCUCUCCAUCCCGCCCGCGCACAUGCCAAACAUGUUCCAAUACGCCGACACCACUUGCGCGCUUUUCGCGGGACCUUUGUCGAGUACAGCCACGGAUCUAGCCAAGGCGCGGAGCAGCGUUGUCGCGUGGACCAACGCGCAAAUCAAUGCGUUAUCGAAAUCUCGGGUGAAGCUGCUUAACAUUUUGUCGCUGUCGCUCUAUAGGGCGGAUGCACACGUGGGGACGUAUAGACCGGCGGGAGGUUCGACGGAAAUGGACUGUGCUAAGUGGUGCUUGCCAGGAGUUCCAGAUGUGUGGCUGGAUUUGUGGUACCACCAGGUCAGCGACCCAUUCAACCUCAAACCGUGA